CUCCAGCCCGCCGCCCGCGGCCCAGCGACGAGCAGGCGACGAGCUGCGGCUAAGCGCCCCGUCCCACCUCGCGAUGCUGCCCGGGAUGGCGUUCGCCCUAGCCCUGGACCUAUGGUUGGUUCUGGCGCGCAGCGGCGCGGAACACGGACUCCCAGCAUCAUCCCCUCAGGGGGACCUGUUGUUCCUGCUGGACAGCUCGGCCAGUGUGUCACACUACGAAUUCUCCCGGGUCCGGGAGUUUGUAGGGCAGCUGGUGGCCCCACUGCCCCUGGGCCCUGGGGCCCUGCGUGCCAGCCUGGUACACGUGGGCAGCCUGCCAUACUCUGAGUUCCCUUUUGACCGGCACAGCUCAGGACAGGCUGUGCAGGAUGCCGUCCGUGCCUCAGCCCAGCGAAUGGGUGACACCAACACUGGCCUGGCACUGGCAUUCGCCAAGGAGCAGCUCUUUGACAAGGCUGCAGGUGCCCGGCCAGGGGUGUCCAAGGUACUGGUGUGGGUGACAGAUGGGGGCUCCAGCGACCCCGUGGGUCCUCGCAUGCAGGAGCUCAAAGAACUAGGUGUCACGGUCUUCAUCGUUAGCACUGGCAGGGGCAGCCUGCUGGAGCUGUCGGCUGCUGCCUCAGCCCCUGCAGAGAAGCACCUGCACUUCGUGGAUGUGGACGACCUGCACAUCAUCACCCAGCAGCUUCGCAGCGCCAUCCUCGAUGCCAUGCAGCCGCAGCAGCUCCACGCCUCUGAGGUCACCCCCAGCAGCAUCCACCUUGCCUGGCCGGCGCUGCUGACCUCGGACUCAGGCUACUACGUGCUGGAGCUGGUGCCCAGUGGUGAGUUGGGAGCCGCUCGACGCCAGCAGCUGCCUGGCGACGCCACAAGCUGGACCUGGACAGGGCUCGAGCCCGACAAGGAUUACGAGGUGUCCCUGCUGCCCGAGUCCAACGUGCGCCUACUGCGGCCACAGCGUGUGCGAGUGCGGACGCUACCAGGUGAGGCCGGACCCGAGCGCAUCGUCAUCUCGCACACCCGGCCGCGCAGCCUCCGCGUGAGCUGGGCCCCAGCACUCGGCCCGGACGCCGUGCUUGGCUACGUCGUGCAGUUCGGGCCUCUUCGGGGCAGCGCGGCGCAGCGCAUUGAGGUGCCUGCGGGCCGCAACAGCACCACGCUGCAGGGCCUGGCGCCUGGCGCCGCCUACCUAGUGACCGUGACCGCCGCCUUCCGCUCUGGCCGCGAGAGGGCGCUCUCGGCCAAGGCCUGCACGCCCGCGGGCGAGCGCGGCCGCGCCCCGCGCCCCCCGGGGCCCGCGCCUCCAGCCCUGAGCCCGCCAGAGCCCCCAGAGCCGCGCACACGCGUGGGCCUCCCAGCCGCAGUUGCGGAGACACGGACAGGGCGCUGAGGGCCGGUUGAGUACCACAGGCCUGGCCACUCCCGCCCGGAGGGGAGGCUGCAGCCGGCCCCCACCGUGGAAAGGGAGCCCGCGGGUGGCUAGGGCCACUGGAGUCCCUUGUGGAGAGAAGGUGGGCUCAACGGAGAGGAGAAGCUGACACUGGCCGGGGCUCCAAAGGCUUCCUGAAGAAAAGGAAGGGCAGGGGGUUUCACUGGGAUCCUGGCUGCCUGGAGGACAGAGCCUGUACGACCUGGCUGGGCCCCACUGGUGGACCCUGAGUGCACAGUGAUGGGACCAGAGCCUGGCAUUCAUUCGGGACCUUCGGGACAGGAGCUUCCCACCCUGCUGUUGCCAGGCUCCAAGGCCAGCAUUCACAGGGUCACAGGCAGUUUGGGGGACAGGGUCACUGCAGCCAUCAAAACACUGACCCCAAGGGGUUACGCUCAAGGGUCACUUCCCAUCAUCUGGGCAGGGCCUGUGGCUCCAGGACCAUCUGGAUGCUGCCUGAGUCCAGCUUGUCUCUUACCCCACUAACGACUCAGACUCCAAAGCACAGUAAAUCAGAUGUGAGCCAA